CGAAGACUGAAAGACCAACUCUCUCUGUUCUUUCUUUCAGCAGAGUCUCCCAACUUUCUUUACUUUCUCUGGUGAAUGAAAAAGUAUGGGCCACAUCUAAUCCCCUUUAAAAACCAAUUCUUCAAUUCAACUUCAAGAAUCCUUCCGAUUCCUAGGGUUCUCUUUUGGGUUCCUUGAAAAAACCUUGCUUUUCUACUGUUUCUCUCUCCCUCUCUCUAUCUCUGUCUCUCCAGUCUUUGUGAAUGUUGGUGGUGGAUAUGGCAGUGCUCUCUACGAAUACCCUGCCACUGGGGUUCAGAUUUCGGCCUACGGAUGAGGAGCUUAUUGAUUAUUAUUUGCGCUCCAAAAUCAAUGGCAAUCAUAAGCAAGUCACUGUUAUUCGUGAAAUUGAUGUUUGCAAAUGGGAGCCCUGGGAUUUGCCUGAUUUAUCAGUGAUACAGACAACGGAUCCAGAGUGGUUCUUCUUCUGUCCACAGGACAGAAAGUACCCAAAUGGGCACAGGUUGAACAGGGCUACAGGUAAAGGGUACUGGAAGGCCACUGGCAAGGAUCGUCAAAUCAAGUCAGCAACAAUCUUGAUUGGAAUGAAAAAGACCCUGGUCUUCCAUACUGGUCGUGCUCCUAAGGGUAAGAGGACCAAUUGGGUUAUGCACGAAUACCGCACAACACAAAAGGAGCUUGAUGGCACUAAUCCUGGCCAGAAUCCCUUUGUUCUUUGUCGUCUGUUUAAAAAACAAGAUGAGACUAUCGACGAUUCAAACUUUGCUGAAGUUGAACCUGCAGUUUCAUCCUCUACUGCUGCCAUAUCUUCUCCUCAAGACACGCAGUCUGAUCAUGCACUGGGUCCAACAUCACCAUCAUUUGAGAGGCUAGAUGAAAAGCCGACUAAAGUAGAAUGUACCAUUGCUGAUUAUUCAAAUGGGAUGGAACCAGACACUCUACAACCUGUUGAGUGCCCUAGCAACACCUAUAAUGGUUAUGAUGCAGAAGAUCAACUGAAUGUGCCGCUGGAGGGAUUAGACAUGUUUUAUGAUCCCCCGCAACAGCCACUUUUUUCCCCACUGCACUCGCAGAUGCAAACGGAGCUUUAUUACUGUGGCAGCAAUAACUUCAACAACGGUCAUCAGGGGGUGAAGAUUCAAUACGGCACCAAUGAUCAAGAUGCAGAUAUUUCUGAAUUCUUGAGCUCAAUUUUUAAUAGUUCAGGGGAGCACAGUGAUGUAGAUGCAUUUGUGGCAGUACCAUGCGAGACAGAGCUUCAAAAUCCUGUUCAGUCUGAGGGGAAUAUUGACAGAAAAGGUCCAGUGCAGAAUGAGUCAACUCAAAUAGAUUGUUUUCUUACUGGAGACGCUGGGACUGGAAUCAGGCUUCGGACUCGGGAAACACAAAAUCCAACUAGCACCGAGAACUUUGCGAGACAGGGUGAUGCACCAAGAAGACUACGGCUUCAGCGUAAAUUUGAAGUACUCCACUGCUGCAAUUUAUCUAAAGAUUGGAACUGUAGACCAGAAGACCAAGAAACAAAACCAAUGGCUGUGGAGGAGAUAAGAGAUACUGAAGAGAAAGCUAUUGAUGCAGCUGUUAGUGAUGUUGUUGAUGCUGCUGUUAGUGAUGCUGUUGAUGCUGCUACUGAUCCACCAAAAAAAGAAACCAUGUCCACAAGACUAAACUUCACCCCAGAGGGCAGCAUUCUGACAGGCGAAAGGGUCCCUAACGCGAUCUUGCAGGGCUCUCCUGCUGGUCAUUCUAUGUGGUCAUUUGCCUUUCUGUUUAGGGUAGUUGUUGUGGUUGCUUUCUUGUUCAUAAUGUUGCUAGCUUAUGGAGAUUUCAUAAGUUUUGAAGCUGCUGGAAGCCCUUUAACCGUGCGUAUGGCCUGAGCCCCAUUUUUGAGGGGGCUGUUUUGUGAGGCUCACAGGAUAGAUCAUAGAAUUGUUAGGUCUGUUGAUAUUUAUUUUUUACGUGCUUAUUUUAGUAUAACUCAGACCGAGUUCUCGUGUGUUUAUGUACAGCAGCUAACAAUUUUGAGGGUAUUUUUCUUCCAUAAAUAAAAUUAUGAACUUUAGUUAA